AUGCCCUCCCUUUUCGACAGAAUACCAAAGGAUGAGAAUGUGUCUGUUGGUAACAACCCAUUAGAAUAUAUUUUUGAAGAAUCUAAAAGACAACAACAACAAGAGGAACAAAAACGCAAUGCUCAAAUUAAUGAUACUGAUUUUUUAUCUAAUGUGGUCCAUGUUGCUAAUGGUGUGACUCCAUUCAGACAAACUAUUUCUGAAAAAGAUAAGGAAAGAGCCAUUGCUAUUAAAUUAUCCAAAUUACCCAAUCAACUAGGUAAUACCACUCCCGCUAAAUUGGGCUACACAAAGACGAAUCCAAAAAAAAGCAAGCGUAUUGCCAUUGGUCCAUCUAAUGCCACUCACUCCAACGUUCAUUUGAAGAAUUAUUAUCCUAAGGAUAUUAAGAUUCCUCAAGAACUUAGUGCAAUGGACAACAAACAAAAUGCUAUUCUUCAAGAAAUCAGCUUAAAUGAGGACAAAUUGAAAUAUUUAAAUAGAUCCCAAAAAGUUUUAGAUGUUAGAAACAUUGAUAAAACUGUUACUUCCACUCAGUAUGAGAAAUAUAAUUUUGAGGAUAAAUUUAAAUUGAAAUUGAAAUACAUGGAAAAAAGAAGAAAGGAAAAGGAGGAGCUAAAACUCAAAUCGGUUGAAAAGGAAAGUGUUGAAAAAGGGGAAAACGAAGGGGAAGAAAACGAAGGGAAGGAAAAUGAAGAGGAAGAAGGAGAAAAGGAAGAAGAGGAAAAUAUCGCUCUUACGGGAGAGGAAGAAAAAGAGGGGAUGAAAGACGGUAAGGAAAUUCUACUAGAAGAAGAAAAAGAGGAUAGAAUUACACCACAAAAAGAGGAAGAAAUAGAAACAGAAAUCGAGAACAGCGAAAUUUCUCCAGAGAAGGAAAAUAAAGUUAUUUCAGAAGCUGAGAAUCAAGUUUUGCCAGAAAAUGAACUUUCCACAACUCAAGAGAAUUUUGAGUCUAUUACUAUCAAUAGUGAGCCGGUUAUUCUAGACAAAAAAACAAAUAAUUCUUUACCACUAGAAGAACACGCUACAGUUGAUGAACCUACAAAACAAGAUGAUUUACCAGAUGAAAAAUCCGGACAAGAUGUUGCCGCUUCUCCACCAUCCUCUGUAGAAGAUAAUAUUGAUAACAGCUAUAAAUUUAAGUUGGAAGAUGUGACUACAUUAUCCGAUUUCCCCAUUGUUACAGAUUUUAAUGCUGCUCCUCGUGUCAAGGUCACUAAUAUCAAAGCGCCAACCCAAAAUGACACUUCUAAUAGUAUUUUUUCCAUUUUUAGAUUAAAUAGACCACAGCCAUUAAAUACUGCUAAUAUGACUGGCAGUAGCAAAAUUACUGCUACUCCUAAUAAUCCAGAGUACAUUGUUAAAACAGAUAAGGGCUAUAUUUCAAAAGUAGUUUAUGAUAAAAUUAGGUUAGAUAUUGGGAGUAAUAAUAGAGAAAUCAAUAAAUACUUGGAUGAUCAAUCUAUUAAAUAUGAUAAAAAAAAAUACUCGUAUUCAAAAAAAUUGACUAAACUAGAUGGCAAAUUGGCCAAACUUUCCAAGAAAAUGGAUAAAUUAAAACAAGAAAAUGACGAAGAGCUAAAAAUUAGUGAUUUUGCCCAUCAAAAGCAUUUGCUUGAUUUAAAUUCCGCACACUUUGAUACAAGACAAAAAAUCUAUGAUGAAAAUGAUCUUUUAAAAGAGAAAAAAAUUGCUGACGCGGAAAAAGUUAAGAGUGAUCAGAUUGAACUUAAUAGGGAAAUUGAUGAAAUUAAAAAACUGGAGUCUGCUUUAGAAUCUAAACAUACUGAAUAUGUCGAAACUGUCAAAGAUUUAAGUAAUCAGCUAGAUGAACAUGUGGACAAAUUGAAUGCCUCAAUUGAUGAACAGAAAGAACUUUCAAAGCAUAUCAGUGAAUUGAAAGCCAGCAAAUCUGAUUUAGUAGCUCAAAUCAACUUGGCUGAACAAACGCACAAAGAGGCCACUAACAAGAUCGCCAGCAUUGACAACAAAGAAUAUUUACCACAACUAACUGCUAUUGAUACAGAAAUUAACAGUAAAAUGGAUGAACUUACUAGAUUGAAAAAAGCAAUCGCUGACGAAGUGGCUGCUUAUAGGCUACUUGAAAAAGACUUGGAAAAUAAACGCAUCGAAGAGGAGGCCAGAUUAGCUAAAGAACGCGAAGAAAUUGAAAAACUACACCAAGCUGAAUUGAUAAAACAGAAAGAAGAGUAUGCUCAAAAAGAGAAAGAAAUGGAAUCAGCUUAUCAAAAACAUUAUGAAGAAUUAAAUGAAAAGCAUAAUUCUGAGGUUAAUAACUUGAAUGGUAUUGUUCAGAAUAAAGAUGCUGCGUUAUUAAAGGAGCAGGAAGAAAGGGAAAAAGUUGCCAGAGAAAAGGUUAGACUAGCUGGGCUGGUUGCUAUAAGAGAUCAAGAAGAUGCCAAACAAAAGGAUUUAUUAUUAAAAACUGAGCAUUUAGAAAAGGCUCGUAAGCAAGCUGAAGCACAGGCUGGUGCGGAAGAAGCUGUAUUGAAUAACAAGAAUGAUUCUGUUGAUGUUCCUAGAAUUGCACCAGAUAACAUUAACGAAAAUGGGUCUAUAUAUACCUAUUAUACGCAAGAAGAAAUCAAGAGUUUAGAAUAG